AUUCGUUAGGGUUUCCCCUCCGCCUCACUUUUAGUUCUCCUAGGAGAGUCGUACUUGGUAACGCGAAGAUGAAGACGAUUCUCUCGUCUCAGACAAUGGACAUCCCGGAGGGGAUCACUGUCAAGGUGAAGGCAAAGAUUGUGGAGGUCGAGGGGCCGCGCGGAAAGCUUUCGCGCAAUUUUAAGCACCUGAAUCUUGACUUCGAACUCAUUGAGGGCGGAAAGAAGCUCAAGGUGGAUGCCUGGUUUGGUUCCCGGAAGGCGACGGCUUCGAUACGCACGGCGAUUAGUCACAUCCAGAAUUUGAUCACAGGAGUAACGAAAGGCUAUCGGUACAAGAUGCGAUUCGUCUAUGCACACUUUCCCAUCAAUGCCAGCAUCACCAAUUCCAAUACCUCCAUCGAGAUCAGAAACUUCCUUGGCGAGAAGAAGGUUCGAAAGGUGGAUAUGCUUGAAGGAGUGUCGAUCGUCCGGUCUGAAAAGGUUAAGGAUGAACUAGUCCUUGAUGGAAAUGACAUUGAGCUUGUCUCUCGUUCUGCUGCCUUAAUUAAUCAGAAGUGCCAUGUUAAAAACAAGGACAUCAGAAAGUUUCUUGAUGGUAUCUAUGUGAGUGAGAAGGGAUCAAUUGCAGAUGAUCAGUAGUUGCUUAUAUGUUUUUAAAGAUAAUCAAUCAUUCAAGUAUUUAACAUUGAUGAAGUCUAGUUUAUGUUUCUGUUUGAUUGUUCCAUCUUCUUAUUUUUGCCAUGUUAGUGAACUUAUGCUGUUGUUUUUGUUUCCAUGUUUCUAUUGUAUCAACUAUGAUCUUGUGGUUCUUGAAUAUUUCUUUUUUGUUGACAAUCAGAAUUAUUAUUUCAAAUUAAA